CCGUAGAUCUCAAGACUUGGGCAUGGAUGGGCAUCCAUCCGUGGUUUGAGUAACGAAAACAUGUCAGCGCCAGUCGAACGCAUAACAAAAUAUCGCCAAUGCUAAUUGGCCCCUCCUCAAGUGGCUGCUGCAUCCAUCACCCAUCAUCCACCAGCCACCAUCCACCGGCAAGUCCAAGAUCUGUCUGCCUCCCAGCGGGCACGCCAGUUCUUUCCAUUCGAGUGCUCCGCAAUCGGCGGCCACAAUUUAUAAAAGCUCCUCCCGCCCAGCGAUUUCGCUGCAGUAGCAUCACGAGAUUACCCCCGAGUGGUCGUGGAAUUCGAACAUCUUCAAAGAGGACACUACAUCCAGCACAGCCGCCUCCUUUUGCAAUCACACCACCAUGAGGCGUCCCGAGUGGCUGCUUCUCCUGGCGUUCGUGGCGACCGCCUCGUCGGCAGUGGCUCCAAGGCGGAGACGUCACAGCACAGUAAUGGAAUCGCCCACCUCCAGUCCCACCGAUUGGAGCUUCGGCCUAGGCCCGGAGAUGAGUCUCGUGAGAAGGGUGUACGAUGAGUGCCAGGAUACCAACGACUUCAUCGGUUGCCUCAAACAAAAGGCUCUGCAUGCCCUUACUCGCGCCCUGGACCAGGACUCCAUUAAGAUCGCCGAUGGCCUCGUGCUCGAAAAGCAAAACCACAGCGAAGCGGAAAGCAUCCUGGGGUCUCUAACGGAUGCCCGUCAGUUCGGCAACCUGGCCCCCAUCGAUCGGGCCCUCCUGUCCAAGGCGGAUAAGCUCAUAAGGACGCACACGCUUAAGAUCGACAUCGCUAGCGGUGGGGACGAGGAUGCCAGCGUAGGACGAGGACACAAACAUGGACAUAAGAAAAAGCACAAGGACGGCGGCCACAUUAAGUACGUGGUGGCAGCCUUGCUUACCGCCAUGGGCAUCGCCGGUCCCGUAGGUCUCAAGGCUCUAGCGGCGAUUGCCGGCAAGGCGCUGGUCAUCAGCAAGGUGGCCCUGACCAUAGCAGGGAUCAUUGCACUAAAGAAGCUCUUCUCGCACGACCACAGCGAGGAGACCAGUUUUCAGGUGCACGCCGGUGAUCACAACAGACGCAACACCUACGUGAUCCGGCCAGUGUCGAAAACGAAUGGCGGGGCAGCAGCCGGAACUGUGGGCGUAACCGCCGCAGGUGGCAGCUCUUCGGUGGAUCCAUAUCGCUACUACUACGAGUACCACCAGCAGUAACGCCUGUUGCCUGUGUCGGGAGAAAUCUCUGGCCACGUCGGACGGAGUUCUGAAGCAGCUAGGCCACCAAAGAACGAUCCACAUUUAGCCGCUCCAGGUGGAGCCCGGCAGCUGUCCGUUUACCUUAUCGUAGUCCUUAAGUCAUAGGAUAAUUUGUUUGGACGUUGAAGCAACCGUGGAGGGGUUUUGAAAUUAUAUCUAAAAUAAAUAUUGAGUUUAAAACUAUUGUUUAACCGA